CAUAGAUCACUUCGCUAUUAUAAGUAUUUUUUAUUACAAGUAUUUUUUACACAAAGUUUUAACUCAAUAGUUUUUUUCCUCGAUGUAGUUCAUUGUGUAAAUAGUUGGUUAGUCUUUAAUUAUGUGUGAAUUAUCACCAGAAUUAAUUAUUAAACCAUUAGCUCUUAUUGGUUUGAGUGGUUUAGAUAUUGCCAAUCCUAUACAUCGGUCAAUUUGGGAUGCAUUCAGUAAUAAUCGAAGAUUAGAAAGUUCUGCUAUACAAUUUAAAUUACUUACUCCUACUCAUGAAUUUCCUACAGUAAAACCCAAGAGAAAUUCAUAUGAAUAUUAUAAACCUAAAGGAAUAUUAAAACGUAAUUGGAUGAACAAAUAUCUUAAUGAAAUUCCAGCUGUAGUUGUUGUAUUUUAUAAUUUAGAUUGGAAUGAUCCACAAUGGAAUGAGAAAAAAAUGGAAUGUGCUUCUAAAGUACAAUCUCUUAGAAAUGCUUUGGAUGGAAGAACUACAAAAAUAGCUGUAGUACUUAUACAGCAAUGUACACAACCUCCACCAGGUUCUGAAAAUGCUAUUGCAACUGAACGUGCUACAGCUGUGUGUGGAGCAUGUGAACUAUCUCCAAAGUUAUUAUAUAUUUUACCACAUGGAAAUCAUUUAUUAGGAUACAUAUCUAGAUUGGAAAGUGCUUUAUAUGAUUUAGCACAAAACUUUUAUCAUCAUGAAUAUCGUAUUGUCAAAGGACAUAGAGAUCAACUUAAUAAAACUGUGCAAAAAAAUACAUAUAAACAUUUAUUUGUACGCCAUCAAUUUAAAAUGGCAUUUUUAAAUGAAUUGAAACAAGAUCAAAAUUUAGCUCAAAAGCAUUAUACUCAAGCAUAUAAUCACUUAUUAGAAAUACAAAUAACAGACACAAAUGUAAUGGAAAUUACAACUAUUGCUUCUUUUAUAAAUUACAAAUUAUGUAAAAUAAUGUUCAAUUUAAAUGUUCCUAAAGAUGCUAUAUCACAAUUUAGACUUCAUACUGACAGAUUCAAAUUAUGGACUGGUCCAAAGGAACUUAUAUUUGAACAUCAUGCUUGGAUGUGUAGUCAAUUUUCCACAUUUGCAGAAUUAUUUGAUGAUGCUAUUCGACAAGGACUUCCUGCUGUUCAAACUCAGCAUCCUGGAUAUUAUUUUCAAUCAGCAGCUCAUCAUGCAGGUUUAAGGCAAGCAGCUUGCAAAGAACUUUGUCAGAAUGUAAAUAGCUAUCCAGAACCUGACCCAUUAGCUGGAGAAGAAAAACUUGAAUUCUAUGGACAGCGACCAUGGCGUCCUGGAAAAUUAAGUGCAGAACCUGCAGAUCCUAUGAAAGAAGUACUUGCUAUACAGGCUUUGCAAUAUAAAGAAAAAUAUACAGUUAAUCAUUCAAAUAUAAUUAUUGGUUUAUUGGGCAAUGCAAUUUCACAAUUUAAAGUAUAUAGAUGUCCACGAAUGAGAAGAGUAUUAGUUGUACAAAUGGCUGAAGAAUAUUAUAAUUGUAAAGAUUAUGGAAAAGUUCUAACAUUAUUGAUGCACAUGUUAUGGGAAUAUCACGGUGAACGGUGGCCUGUCUUAAUCACAAAUAUCUUAAAAAAUGCUUUGCGUGCGGCAUAUCUUUCCACGAAUAUUCAAGACUACAUCACCUUGGCAUUUGAAGCUUUGGGACCUUCUACUACAUUUUCGGAGGAUUAUAAAAUUUCUAUCUAUAAUAAUAUCAUUAAUAUUCUUCAUAAAAAAUCACCAACUCCGGAUUCUGAUUUACCCGAUGAUGUGAAAUAUCCCGCAAUAGAAAAAUGGGUAAUCGAACUUAAUCAAUCAGAACCAAUUGUUUUUACAAUUGAUGAUAAUAACAUGAGUUCAUUUAUAGAAGUUAAAGCAAGAUUUUUGCAACCAAAAUAUGCAGUCAAUUCUAUGGUUAGUGUGGAAGUCAUUAUUAGAAAUUCAUAUAGUAAUAUCAUUGAAUUUUCUAAAAUAUCAAUAACAAUUAAUAAUCCAGGAUAUAAUGAAGAAUUUAUUAUUAAUGAUACUAAACAUAGCAAUCUUAUUUUUCAUGGGAAAGAAAUGAAAAAAUUUCUUCAUCAAUUUCAAGCUCCACAAAAAAAUGAUAGUAAUGAAAUGCGCAUUACUACAAUUUCAUUGUACAUGGGUAAUGAUGAAAGUUGCUGUAUUAUUUUGAGAUUUUCUGCUCUAGGGAGAGAAACAAAUUUUUUAAGCCGAUUAUAUCCUGAAAUACAACAACUUCGUAGAGGAGAAUUCGAAACAAUACAACCACUAGUCAGUGCUGAAAUAAAACAGGAAGAAUCUAGUCUGAGUAUAAGUGCAGAAUCAAAUAAUCCAGCGCUUUUAGGAGAAUGGCUCCCUAUUAAUAUAUCUAUUACUACUAAUGAAGAAAUAUCAUCAGCAUUUUUAAAUGUAUUACUUGUAUCUGAUGGAACAAAUGAACAAUCAACGGAAUUAAGCUUAACAAUGAAUAAUAAACAAUCGGUAAUAUCGGUAUCUAUUAAUAAUUUGGGAAAGAAUUGCAUUACUCAUCAAACUGUAUAUUUAAGAGCUCACAAAAUUGGUGAUCGAGAUAUACAUAUAAAGGUAGAAUAUUCAAGAUCUAAACAAAUUAAAGGAUUUAAAGAAUUAAUAUAUUCAUUGUCAGUUACAAAACCAUUUGAAAUAUCAACAUUAUUUUAUACAUCACUUUUUGAACCAUUAACAAAAGGUUUUAUUUAUGAACCAUUUAUAAUUAUGCCUCAUAUUUCUUGUAUCUCUCCAUGGCCUAUAUAUAUUAUAAAUACUUCUAUAGAAUUGGGAGAUUCAAUAGAAAGAGAAAGUGAAGAUCAAUCAGUAUCUGUUUUGGCGGGUAUUACAUUAUCUGAAAAUGAAACAGGUACGGAUGCAUAUUAUUUGAUGCCAAAAGUGAGUGGUGAACAACCUAUUAGUACAGGUGUUUAUACCAUUAGAUGGAAACGUGCAAAUGAUGAUAAUGCAUUAGAAACUAGUAGUAGUGUUACUUUAUCUCCGUUAGGAAUUGAAGAUGCAAUAAUUGGUUUAGAAGCUAAAUUACCUGCUCAUGGUUGGGUUCGUACGCCGUUACUAAUAUCGUAUUUCAUAAAAAAUCAUUCUGAUCAAAUGAUUACGUUACGAUUAACUAUGGAAGCUAGUGAUGCCUUUAUGUUUGCUGGACAAAAACAAAUUGAUAUUUAUAUACUUCCAAAAAAUGAAAGAAAAGUUGAAUGGAUUUUACGACCAUUGGUGGCAGGUUUUGUACAACUUCCAACAUUAUCACUAACAAUUCCUGAUGAUGAAUACAAAUUAAGUAAAACGCGACUUUUGGAAGUGGUAGAGAGAUCAAUACCAAGUCAUAUAUACAUUCUUCCAACUUCACAAACUAUAGAAGAAUAAACAAAAUAUCAAAUAUAGUGAGGAGAUAGGUAAUAGAGAAAAAAGAAAUUUUGUUUUUUUAUCAUAACACAUUAUUGAGCCACAGAUAUAUUAUCUAUACAUUCUUAAAUAUAAAAAAAAAUUCGUAUUUAAAAUUAUAAAUAUUAAUUUGUUAAAUAUAAUUUAUUUACUUUAAAGUGUAAUAAACAAAAGUUCCUUAUCCUUAAAUAUAUAUUUAGUUGUUAUAUGUUAGUUUAGUUUAGUUAUAGUUUAGAUAUUUAUUGAUGCGGGCAGCGGAUAUCGAUUAUAUUACCAUACCUAUGUUUCUAUAGAAACCACAUUUAUGCAACCACAUGUGUAUACGUGAAGACAUUUUUCUAAUUCAUAAUAAAUGAAAAUAUUUUAAAAUUAAAAAUUAUAAUAAUAAUAAUUAAAUUUGAAGAAAAUAGUGAAUUGUGAAUAUAAAGAUUAUAAUAAUAACGUAUUGAUAAUGUCCGAUAAUAAUUAUAUUUCUUUAAAAAAACCACAAAAGAAAAAGCACUUGCAAGAAUUCUUAACACCUAUUUUUCGUAUAAAUUCAGAGGAAUCUUUGAUUCGUAAUAGAAAAUUUUUAAAGGUAUGCUAUUAUUGCUAAAGUUAAUUCAUAUAUAAAAAUUAAAUUUUUUAUAAAUAUUUCGCAAAUUAAAAUAGAUAUUUUUAUAUUUUAUUACAUAAUUAAUGUUUAAUAUAAUGAGAAAUUAUGUAUGCAAAAUUAAAAAAAAUUUUAAAUUAGGAUCUAGAACUUGCAAAAGCACGUUUGCGAACUUACGCUGCAUAUACACCAACUGAUCGAGAAUUACAACAACGUGUAAUGGAAUAUCGCAAACAUCUUCAGAAAUAUAUAUGAAAUUUUUGCUUCAUAACAAGUUGAUUUCAUGUUGCAAAUGAAGUACAUCCAUUCAAUUUGAUAACUCGAGCCGAACGAACAAACUUUCAAGUGAAAAGUUUGUUGAUCGUUAGGAUCGAUGCACCAAACUGAUAAUUCAACCGAUUGUAUUAAACUAAUGAAAUAAAAAAUAUAAACUAAAUUUUAUUAUAAGAAUUUAUAAUACUUAAUAAUAUAUUAGAAUAAAAUAUUUUAUCAUUAUAAUUAUGUAAUUUUACUUUGAAAAAAGAGAUAUAUACUUACAUUGCAAGAUGAUCUAUUACUAUGAAUUCUACAAUAUAGACAAAUAGUUCUUAUAUAAAAAAAUGUAAAAAGAGAACGCGCGAACAAGUACGAAUAUUAUUCACCUGCAGAAAUGAAAUAUUCACGUUCAUUUUUUACGUGUGACGGUAUUAUCAUCGCUCGUAAUUACUGACACGUAGAACGUAUAUGUACGAUAGGAUAAGUUCGUUUCAGAAGUUACCUGAUAACGACCUAAACCAAUAAUUCGACAAAAAGCUAUAUAAUACUUCCACGUUAUAUUUCAUUUUAAAACUAUAAAAAGAAGUUAAUACAAGCAGUACGAAAUGAUAGCAUGUAUCGCUUUGAAGUCAUUUAUCGCCGAGUUAUGCAUAAAAUACACAUUGAUAUAACUGUGUUGCAUUAGUAAAACAUUAAUGCAUUAUC